UCGGCGGCAGCUGUCUGUCCUCCGCAGCCCGCCCCGGACGCGCCGCCCAGGGAUGUACAUGCAGGUGGACACGCGCUCCGGCGCCGUUCUGCACCUGAAGAGGGCCCCGGGCGCCAGGUCCUGGUCUCUGCUGGUCGGGAUCCUGUCCAUCGGCCUGGCCGCCGCCUACUACAGUGGAGACAGUCUGGGCUGGAAGCUCUUCUACGUCACAGGCUGCCUGUUCGUGGCGGUGCAGAACCUGGAGGACUGGGAGGAGGCCGUCUUCAACAAGAGCACCGGGAAGGUCACCCUGAAGACCUUCAGCCUGUACAAGAAGCUUCUGACCCUGUCCAGGGCCGGCCACGAGCAGGUGGUGGUCAUGCUGAACGACAUCCGGGACGUGAGCGUGGAGGAGGAGACGGUCCGCUACUUCGGGAAGGGCCACGUGGCCGUGCUGCGCUCCGUGACCGGCUUCUCGCACCCCCUGACCCAGAGCGCGGUCCUGGGCCGCCGCAGUGACGUGGACGCCAUCGCCAGGCUCAUCGAGAGCUUCCUGGAGCUGCGCCGCCCGGAGAGCCCCUCAGAGCUGUCCCAGAGCAGCGAUAGCGAGGCCGGGGUCCCCGGCGGCCAGAGCUGACGGCCACCAGCCUGCCUCCCCGCUGAGGGCCAGCCCUGGGCCCGGCCGCCCGCUGCCUGCUUCCUCCCUCCGCAGAGCCACGGCUGGUCCUGCUGCA